AUGAGGUCGCUGCGCUGCCUGGCGGCGGAGGCCCUGGCGGCCCACGCACCGGCCGCCCUGCAGAGCCUGGACUGCGUGGCCCACGACCUCUACCCGCUGCUCUUCAAGACCAGCUUCUCGCUGGAGCGCACCGAGCUGCUGGCCCGGGCCUGCUGCGAGCUGCAGGCCGAGCCGUGCGCGGCCCGGCGCCCCGCCGUCCAGGUGCUGGCCGACCUCUUCGUCACCGAGGGCAACUUCGAGACGGUGGUGCGCGCCUUGCGGCCGGUGGGCCCCGCGCCGCUGCGCAUGCGCUGCCCCGCGCUCCGGGCCGACAGCCUGCGGCCCGCGCAGCUGCUGCACGUGCUGGAGCUGGUGGAGGCGGCGGCGCUGCGCAGGCUGGACGUGGUGCACAACGUGCGGCUGCACACGGGCCACGUGGAGCGGCUGCUGGCGCGCGCGCGCUUCCCCCGGCUGACGGCGCUCACGCUGCCCCCCAGGGCCUUCGACCCGCCACCUGCCGGGAGCCCCGGCCCUGACGGAGAGGACCCCCACCUGGCCGCCAUCGCCCGGGCGCUCAGCCAGAUGACGCAGCUCACGGAGCUGAGCGUGGCCUUUUCCGUGCUGACCGGGAGGCUCCAGCAGCUGCUGGGCGCCCUGCGGACCCCGCUGCGGACCCUGGACCUGGCCAACUGUGCCCUGAACCACGCGGACAUGGCCUUCCUGGCAGGCUGCCGCCACGCUGCCCACCUGGAGGUGCUGGACCUCAGUGGCCACGAGCUGGUCACCCUGUACCCGUCCACUUUCUUCCGGCUGCUUGGCCGCGCCGCCCCCUCGCUGCGGACCCUCACCUUGGAGGAGUGCGGCCUUGGGGACCAGCACGUGAACAGGCUGGGCCUGGGCCUGGGCCCGUGCCAGCGGCUGCGGGAGCUCCGGCUCCUGGGGAACCCCCUGUCGGCCCGCGCCCUGCGCGGCCUCUUCGCCGCCCUCUGCGAGCUGCCGGGGCUGCGGUGCAUCGAGUUCCCGGUGCCCAGGGACUGCUACCCCGACGGCGCCGCCUACCCGCUCGAUGAGCCAGCCAUGUCCAAGUUCGACAAGCAGAAGUACGAGGAGGUGGCGGAGGGGCUGCGCGCAGUGCUGCUGCAGAACGGCAGGGGCGACAUCCGGGCCUCCACGCCCCUCUUCGGGACCUUUGACCCCGCCAUCCAGGAGACCAGCCACGAGCUGGGGGCCUUCCUGCUGCAGGCUCUUCAGAGCGCCCUGGAGAAGUUCGCCAGAGCGCUGCAGGAGACGGAGUAG